AUGUCUGCGAACAUAGAGGACACCAGGAAGGUGGUGGGUGGCUUUUGCUGGGCCAAGGCAACGCAAGUUACGCAUGAUGCAAAGAGAUUCUUUGGUUCCAACACCAAAAACACAUGGUUGAAGGGACUUGUCCAAGAGGUUGAGAUGCGCAAGAAGACACCUGAUGCGAAGAGAGGAACGAACUACGUCAAGGCAUUGUACAAGAUUGGAGACUACUAUGCGAAAGAGCAGUGGAUCUGCUUGCAGAAUUUGAAGGCGACCAACCCAAAUCCAAGCAUCAACGUGGAAGCAAUGAGCAAUGUUGAACCACCUCCGCCUCCUCCACCACCACCACUUACCAACAACAACAACAACAAUGAGGAACAAGCACGGACACCUCCUGCCACGACGCCUCCUGCAACUGCUGGUCCAGAUACCGGCAACAGUGAACCAGAAGAAUCUGACAGCGUGGAACAAGGUUCUUCCCCUGAAAACCCGGAACAACAGCCCUCACCUGCUUCUGUUGAAGGACCGCAACCAGUGUCAAGCAAGCAUGGAUAUGAUUGGUACGCUGGCAAGGAUCCUACUGAUGUCCCGCGUUUACACUCCCAACUGCAAUGA